AUGAAAGACUUAGCUGAUCUAGCCACAUUUUUGGGGAAAUUUUUCCAUUACUUUGUUGAAUCUCUACUCUUCCAUAUCAUUCCAAAACCUAAAAAAAAUGUUGCUGGUGAAAUUGUGCUAAUAACUGGAGCUGGAAGUGGCUUGGGAAGGUUAUUGGCCUUAAAAUUUGUCCGUCUUGGAGCAAUUGUAGUUCUCUGGGACAUUAAUCAAGAAAAUCUUGCUGAAACAUGUAGGGUAGCUAAAGAACACAGUUCUGCAAGAGUAUAUGGCUACACAUGUGACUGCAGCAAAAAACAGGAAAUCUACAAAGUUGCAAAGCAGGUUAAAAAAGAAGUUGGUGAUGUUACCAUCCUCAUCAACAAUGCUGGAGUUGUUACAGGAAAACAAUUCCUUGAGACCUCAGAUGAACAUGUGGGAAAAUCUUUUCUUGUAAACUGCUUUUCUCAUAUCUGGACUUACAUAGCCUUCCUUCCUAGCAUGAUAGCUAAUAAUCAUGGUCACUUGGUCUGUAUUUCAAGUGCAGCUGGACAGAUUGGCAUGAAUGGACUAGCAGAUUAUUCAGCAAGCAAAUUUGCAUCAUUUGGAUUUGCAGAAUCCAUUUACUUUGAAUUGAGACAUUUAAAGAAACAUGGAAUUAAAACCACUAUUGUCUGCCCAUAUUUCAUCAAAACUGGAAUGUUUAAUGGUUGUUUAAGCAAGUAUCCAACCUUAUUGCCUAUUCUGGAGCCCGAAUACGCAGCCAGUAAAAUCAUAAAAGCUAUUCUGGAAAAUCAGGUUUAUCUGAUAACCCCCAAAUCAAUAGCCAUUGCAUUGGUGUUGAAACAAAUAAUAUCUGCAAAAAUGAGUCUGGCACUCGGUGAUUUCCUUGGAGCUUUCAAUUCUAUGGACACUUUCCAAGGUAGAAAAGAAGAGAAAAUUCAAACUGUGUCAAUGAUUCACCAAUAG